CACCUCUUAAUUUCUGUUCUGUACCAGAGCCAGCAUGCAUCCAAUUGCGUCUUAGCCGAGCGGUUAUGCUACCGGGACGCUCUGCCGUGAAUUCUCAGGGAGCUCGGGUAGCUGAAGGCAGGAGCCGGCCCUGAGCUGCUGGGAACGGGAGCGAGUCUCAUCCCGGCCGACAGCUGUUCAAAGCAAGGAUGGGACCGAGGGAGGAGGCAGCUGCUCCGCAGCCCUCCGAGAGCCCCCGCAGAGCCGUGCCCCGAACCGGGCGGGCAGCACCGCGCUCCGGGCAGCUUUGAAGUGAGAGGAGACGGUCGUGUUUUGAAAGGCGAGAGAUGAACUGAAGAUUAAACAUGUAUGGGAAUUAUCCUCACUUCAUUAAGUUUCCUGCGGGUUUUGGCAAUUCCCCUGUUCACGCCAGCUCCACGUCUGUGAGCCCAUCAUCCAGCCUGUCAGUGGGGAGCACAGUGGACGGACAUCACAACUACCUCGAGGCCCCCACAAACGCCUCCCGGGCGCUGCCAUCCCCCAUGAACACCAUUGGUUCUCCAGUGAAUGCGUUGGGCUCACCCUACAGGGUCAUUGCAUCCUCCAUUGGCUCGCAUCCUGUUGCUCUGUCCUCCUCUGCUCCGGGCAUGAACUUUGUGACCCACAGCCCACAGCUUGAUGUGCUCAACAAUGUCAGCAGCUCAGAGGACAUCAAGCCCUUGCCAGGUCUUCCGGGGAUUGGCAACAUGAAUUAUCCAUCCACAAGCCCAGGUUCCUUAGCCAAACACAUCUGUGCCAUCUGUGGGGACAGGUCCUCAGGGAAGCACUAUGGGGUGUACAGCUGCGAGGGCUGCAAGGGCUUCUUUAAGAGGACCAUCCGGAAGGACCUGAUCUACACCUGCCGUGACAACAAGGACUGCCUCAUCGACAAGCGCCAACGCAACCGCUGCCAGUACUGCCGCUAUCAGAAGUGCCUCGCCAUGGGGAUGAAGAGGGAAGCUGUGCAGGAGGAGAGGCAGCGGAGCAGGGAGCGCAGUGAGAAUGAAGCUGAGUCCACGAGCGGUGGCAGUGAAGACAUGCCUGUGGAGAGGAUCCUGGAAGCCGAGCUGGCAGUAGAACCCAAGACUGAGGCAUACAGUGAUGUGAACACAGAGAGCUCAACAAACGACCCUGUCACCAACAUCUGCCACGCUGCUGACAAGCAGCUCUUCACUCUUGUUGAGUGGGCCAAGCGCAUCCCCCACUUCUCCGACCUGACCCUGGAGGACCAAGUCAUUCUCCUGCGGGCAGGCUGGAACGAGCUGCUCAUCGCAUCCUUCUCCCAUCGCUCUGUGUCAGUGCAGGACGGCAUCCUGCUGGCCACAGGCUUGCAUGUGCACCGCAGCAGUGCUCACAGUGCAGGCGUGGGCUCCAUCUUUGACAGAGUUUUGACAGAGCUGGUAUCCAAAAUGAAGGACAUGCAGAUGGAUAAGUCGGAGCUGGGGUGUCUGCGAGCCAUUGUCCUCUUCAACCCAGACGCCAAGGGCCUGUCCAGCCCCUCCGAAGUGGAGUCGCUGCGGGAGAAGGUCUACGCCACGCUGGAAGCCUACACGAAGCAGAAGUACCCCGAGCAGCCGGGGCGGUUUGCCAAACUCCUCCUGCGCCUGCCAGCACUACGGUCCAUCGGACUGAAGUGCCUGGAGCAUCUCUUCUUCUUCAAGCUGAUCGGGGACACCCCCAUCGACACCUUCCUCAUGGAGAUGCUGGAGACACCCCUGCAGGUCACUUGAGGGUCCGGUCCCCCCCACCAUAUCCCCACACAGCUCCCACUCCUCCUCUCCGGGCUGCAAGAGCUGCCCUCCACCCUCUGCUCCUCUUU